AUGAAAAUGACUGAGAGAGUCACUGGAUUUCUGUCCAGACUUUGUCACUUUACACUCAAUAUUCACUCAGCAGUCACAUGACUUAAAUGUAGGCGGUUUUAGCCAACAAGCCCUCCAAAUCAUACGACCCCAUUGUACGUUUGUACAUGCCCUCGAAUAUGGCUCAUGGUAACGUUUCUUACAUUAGCGCUCCUACUGGUGACAGGAGAGCAUUGCGGAUUGCGGGGGUUUGCCGCGACAUCGACGCCAGUUGGAGUAAUUAAGAUGCCUACACAAAAAGAGUGUGUGAUAUGCCAUAGUGCAAUUGGGGUGGCCAGAAAGACCUGCCAGCACUGUGGUGGCAAGCAGCCAUAUAAGGACAGGCUGGAGAGACAGAAGCAGAAAAUAACAGAGGACUGGAAAGAACGGCAGAAAAAAAACUGCAGCAUCAACAAAGUCUAUGAUGCAACUAAUUUAUUGCUCCACAAAUGGGAGCUUUUAGAGAGGCAUCCCGUCCUCCUCCUCGCCAGGAGAACCUCCAGUGGCUUUGUAGCAGAGUGCCUUUGUCCUUGGCCAUUGGACACAGAGGAUGCAAGGGAUGCACUUGUCACAAUAAAGAAGAUUUAUGAGAGUCUUCUCAAUGUGACGGUGACAACCAGGACGAUGGAGACUCCAGCACAGACCAGUGAUGGUCCUGCUACAGGCAGCUCCUUUACCCCACCCGUGUCCACCCCGCCUGUGUCCAUCCCGCCUGUGUCCACCCCCUGUGCUCCUCCUGUGUCCAUCCCGCCUGUGUCCACCCCGCCUGUUUCCACCUCCCUUACUCCACCAGUGUCUGGCCUCCAGAAGAAAAGAAAAUUAUGUAGGAAUGCAGACAUUAGUGAAUGCCCCAUUUAUCAAGGUCUAAGCGUUUUCCCCUACAAAAGGAUUCUAAAGCAAAGACUCAGAGAGGGUUGUGUCGAGGUGUUGGUGGAGUGGCAACCUUGCUCUGGAUGUGGAGCAAAGUGGAAAAACUCCUGGGAGCCCAAAGACAACAUUCUUCCUUAAAAAAAAAUGGUAAAAUUGUGUUUGUUGUGUUAUGUGACACAAAUUUGUUUUGGUAAGUUGUUUGUUUUCUGUUGUUGGGAAGGUAAUAAACAUAUUGUUUUACUUUCAAACACUUUGUCAUUGUGUUAUAUUAUUGUUGGAUGCAUUUCAUGUAAUUCUGGGAAGCAUCAGCAUGCAAAUGAACAUAGCUUCUCUCUUAAAUCUGUCUGCAAACAGCGCACAUCUUUCAUCUCUCUGCCUCUCUCUCUCUGCCACUCUCUCUUUUUCUCUCUCUCUCUCUACCUCCCUCCCACUAGCAGCUCCCCCAGGUCAGGGCAACGAGAGAAACCCAUGAUGGCGGAGAGAAAGAGAAGUCAAGGAAAGAAGGAAGUUAUCAUAUGAAGAGCAGCACUUCAGUAUUCAUAUCUGGCUAAAUGUGUGAUAAAAUAUUUUAAAAUAACAUACGUGCUGCUGGCUGUGUUCUUUCUGAUACAUAAAUCAUUAAAUAUAAUGAAAUAUUGACCUUGGAACCUUGAUUUCAGAAUUCAAACAAUGUGCUUUAUGCACAGUUAGGGAACAUAAGGGAGCUCCAUGUUUCCACUCUUUCAUUACUGGGUGAACUGAUUAAUUCAGGUGUGUCUAGCCAUUGCUGUUGUGAUGGCUGAGGUUGAGCACACCCGGAUUAAUCAGUUCAUCCAGUAAUGAAAGACAGGAAUCAAAGGAGCUGCCUUAAGUUCAGGAAGUAGUGGAGCUGUGCAUAGAGCCCACUGAGCCUCUAAAUGGCUCUAGAAAUCUUAAUCUGGGCAAGGCUAUGACCAUGAAGUAUUAAAAUCAAACCUUUGUCAUAGGACUAAUUGAAAUACAUAAAUGGAAAGGUCUUGACCUGUGGAGCAACAAACGUCAGCAUGAAGAUUCUAAAUGGCUCCUGCUUGAAAUAUUGACCUUUGAACCUUAAUUAUU